AUGAGUUUCCCAUGUAAAAUGUUAGCCAGCUUCCUUCUGAUCUGCAACUUUCCUGCCAAAGGUAAGCUGACGUGUGCAGAAAUAAGCAAUGGAACCAAAGUCUGUGGUAUCCUGCACGACCACGUGAACUUGGACAUUCCCGAUUUCAAAAUGGAAGGUGAUAUCGAUGACAUACGCUGGGAAAACAGGACCACCAAGGUCGCACGACUCAAGACACACAAGGGCUACUCCCAGACAAACAGCCCCUACGAAGUACUAGCAAAUGGAACUCUGAAAAUUAGACAGCUGAAUGUAACUUCCAAAGGCCUCUACAAGGUCUCCGUGUACAACAAAGGUGGAAAACACAUCAAGGAACACACAUUUGAUUUGACGGUUCAAGAGAGGGUCUCAAAACCCAAAAUCUUCUGGACCUGUAAGAACGCAAGCCUGACCUGUGAGGUAACGAAAGGCACUGACCUCGAAUUGCAGCUCUAUCAGAAUGGGAUGCUUCUCACAAGAGGCUUUCAGAAGGUCAUCACACGUAGGUGGCACACCAACCAGAGUGCAGCAUUCGAGUGCGUGGCAAAGAACAAGUGCAGCGAGAAUUCCAGCAAAGAGGCUGUCAUCUGUUCAGAGAAAGGUCUGGACAUCUACCUCAUCAUCGGCAUCGGUGCAGGAGGCACCCUCUUGAUUGUCUUUGUGGCACUGCUCAUUUUCUACAUUAGUAGGAGGAAAAAGCAGAACAGAAGGAGAAAUGAUGAAGAGCUGGAAAUAAGAGCCCACAGAGUAACUGUACCAUCAGAGGAAAGAAGUCGGAGACUCCCCCAAAUUCCAGCCUCAAGUCUGCAAAAUCCAGCUGCCUCCCAGCCUGCUCCACCGCCUGGUCAUCGUGCCCAGGCACCUGGUCUCCGUCCCCUGGCUCCUGGCCACCGUGUCCAGCAGCAGCCUCAGAAGAGACCUCCUCCUCCGUCAGGCACACAUGCUCACCAGCAGAAAGGGCCUCCCCUCCCCAGACCUCGAGUUCAACCAAAACCUCCCCAGGGGGCCACAGAAAACUCGCUGUCCCCUUCCUCCAACUAAAAGCGAUGGAGCCUGUCCUUUCCAAUAAAA